UUAUUUUCAGUAUGAUCGCUGUAGUAUUAAAAAGUUCUUAUUUCAUUAAAUGUAGCUUUUAUUUCAGUGAGUUAAUGUUAUUUAUCACUGACAUAACAAAUUGUAUACUUUUGAGAACGAGCUCAUAAUUGCAGGGAUAUUGCUGUACACGUUAUUACUGUCCGUAUUAAAUUGCGACAUGGAUGCUCAGCGCUCCCAAGUUGAAGUCCGGGCUGUAUUUAUUGACUGUGAACCUAAUAACAGAAAAGGUACAUCUGACGAUAGUGACAACGCCCGAUUCCAACGUGAAGAACUUUUCAAACAUAACAAUUUACGAGAAUGUAAAAAGAAAUUGGCUCUUACUGUAAAAAUGACAAGUGAACCCGGAACGAGUUCUGGGGACGAAUAUAUACCAAUUGAGCACGUGUUCGAUGGUUCAAAAAGAAAGCGGGUGCGUUUACUUGACCCCUUCGUGUUGAGACUACGUCGAGAGGCGCCAGUACAGGCCUACAAGAUACAUAGGAUAGACGUAAGGGUUUUUAAGCAUCUUUUACAUUUUUUUUUAUUAAAAUACCAUGUUUUUACUGUCAUCAGCGAACAUUAUACAAUGAUACUAAAGCAAAGGCCAUACAAAAUAUAUGUAUUUCUACAGAGCCGAGUACAUGACUCUCAAACAGCAGUCCAUAGUUCAGAUAGUUACAAGUAUCAAACAGUGCACACGUUGGAGCGCAAAAAACGUGUCAAACCUUUUCUAAACAUGACUAUUAAUGAGAUGUCUACCUUACCGGUGUAUUUACAAGCUCCUAAUUUAGUUUGUCGGGCUGAACGUAAGAGUACACCAAUAUCUAAACAAGUAAAGCGACAAAAGACCCCAUCCUCUGCAGAAUACUUUGACGCGGACCAAAUUUCGUAUUGGAAUAGACCCAAUUACAAUCAAAUUCUUUUCCAAGACAGAGAAACCCGUGAUAUUUUUAAAAAACGACGUCAACUCAGUAUGAGAAAAAGAGGAAAUCGAGGAUUUAAUUUCAACGACAAACAAGACAACAACUACGACAUUCCAACAUUAGAUGAUACAACAUACGGUACCCUACAGCAAGAUAAUUUUAACAAAAGUUUAAAUAAUGAAUAUUACGAUCCGUACAAAAUGGAAUCACCAAAAUUUUAUUCAAACAAUGGCUUCGAAAUUGAUGAAGAAACUACUACUGAAACAAUAAAUGAAUAUCCGAAAGAAAGAAACAAUGAAAAACAAUACGCAGUUUAUGAAAUCGGUAACCCUGAUUUGUGGUAUAAGGUUAACAUUCAAUUGUAUGAAAAAUUGAGUACACCAGAAGGAAAAACUGUUUGGAAUGAUCUUACGAAGGAAGAUGUAGCUAGUGUGAGCACGCAACACCCGGUGUGGAGCAACCAGGACAUGAGUAUCCAGUACCGACCCGCGGAGUGGCUGUCUCACGAAGAGUUUGCACUACCCAAAACAAGUCUCUGUUUACUGAUACCUAUACGCGGCACUAAUAUAGUUAACUCGUAUCAUAAUUCGGAUUCACAUAUAGAUAAAUUUGGGGAAUUCCUGGUGCUAGCCAUAGAUGAUAUCCUUUUUGAACAUACAAAAAACAUGAAACAAAAUUCAUCAAAUCUGCCUAUGACUAACAUAUCUCAAGAAUUUAAGACAGUUCGUCGCGUUGUUAUCCGGGAGUCGAGGGCGGUGAUGGGCGGCAACAUGGAGAGCCUGAUGUUCGCGUCACGCGGCCCCGACCAGUACAUGUUGAUCCCGCACCGACGCCCACACCACUCGCAAAUCGACGUCGAGUCUCGAGCUGAUGGAAACCAAUUAAUCCAUGUCGGAUCUUCUGGACGCAUAAUGACAGCCGUGUCCGACAACACAUGGCGAACAAGAACAGCGCUUACAUUGCAAGUUACUAAUACUGGACUGGCUGCCGCUCGCUUUAGAGUGGCUGCCCGCGAUUGUGGCCCCGGUGUACUUGAUCAGGUAGGCUACAAGGAACCCGUCGCAAAGGCAGUGCUCAUACCGCCGAAGCACACACAACGUUUCCUCCUCGACCUGCCUUUCGAAAUACCUGACGACUCCGCACAUUGCUAUGUAACAUUGUUGAAUGACGACGACGAGUCUGUAGCGGUGAGAGACGUGACAAUCAAGAAGAACGACCGGUGUUUUUGCGUGUGGCAUUGCAAAUGCGUCUGUUUAAGCGCAGAUCCAAAAUUGAUCUGCGAGGAGCUGGGCGAAGCGCAGCAGCUGGCGGCGGGGCUGAACCCUGAGCAGCGGCCGCGGCACGUGCGCUCGCUCUGCUACGCCGACAGCACCACCCUCAACGUCUUCGUCCUCGUCACCGGCGUGCUCGCCGCCCUGCUCGCUCUCGGUGUAAUUAAAGCAGUUUUGGGUCUGAUUAUACGGAGUGUUGCCGUGUUGUGGUUGGACCGUCUCUUAAAGAUGCCUCGGAGGCUCGAGCACUAUUAUGAGACCUCACUACGAUACCGCCGUGUCAUUUAUGACAAUGAAGGCUGGCCGGUACACCCAGACACAAAUAAGCGGACUGUUCAGUACAUCAACAAGUCUAUGGAAUUCGUAUUGAAUCUAUUAUUCUUCAUUAUAAUACCGUGCGUUAUCGUUGGCGACGCAGUGCGCUACCUCAUUUCGAAGUGUACUUAUUCUGAAACGGUUCCCAGAACAAAACCAAGUGAUGUUAAAAAGAUAUACAGCGGUCAAGACAUUCAGGAAGUGAGACACUCUGCGACGGCUCACUGCAAAAAGUUGCGCACGUGGAUGAGCUCGUACGCGGAAGAACUGUCCGCCGACAUCUGGCAGAAAGGUUUAAGCAUUGAAGAAUCGCCCGAUCCUUUAACUAUGCGGCCUCUACUUCGCGACGAUUGUUGCCGCAGUCGCAGGUCGGAUGAAUUGUUAUCAUCGUGCGCCGACUCCGAACAAGACGAUACUGAAUAUGUUCUUAUGCAGAUGCAGAAGAGUCGGGAAUCGCUUGCUAGAAGUCAAAGAAAACUUACGGAAGCGUCGUCGAAAAGUCAAUGGAAAGACGACAUGAUACCUAGUACUAGUAAGCGAUAAGGAUAUGUUGUUGUUCUUCUUCUUCUUGAGGUGCCUCUCUGAUUAGCGAAGAUUGGCGGUCAGUUCUCCAUAUUUCUGUUUAUCCCUUGCGAGGCGAAACACUCGCCACACUCGC